AUGGCUUUUCAGCUUUUGUGCGAAAAUCACUCUUCCCUUUCACUUGCAGCCUGCGAUGGCCGAUUUACCACUCGACUUUCUACUCUGAUCAACAAACACAGUUCCGCCACGAACACCAUCACCUCAUGUCCGUCUUACUUCUUCUUUCGGUUCACUUCUCUCAACCUCGAUUACCUCCAGUAUCUUCUCCUUCGAUUGCGUUCGGUUUCGUCAAGGCGAGGCUUCAUACCGCUCAGUUCUCAACAUCGACCUCUAAUUCAGUUUCAACGCGAUGAAGAUGAUGAAUCAAAAGGCGUUAUGCAGAUGAAGAUGAUGAAUGAUGAAGAAGAACGGAUGCAAUUUGAAGAUGAUGACGAGCGGCUUGCAGGAGUGAAUGGAAAAGAUGUGCGCUGCGAGAGAAAUGAAGAGCUCUGA